AUUUAUUCCACCCAUUUCUUUGUCAAAAUGGAAUCAGUCGCAGUCUCUAUUCAAAAUAUUAUUAAUAUGGCAAAUCAUGCAAGGGCAGAUCAAAUAGAUGUGGGUUAUUUUGCACCAGACACGUUCAACUGCACUUCAAAUUGCCAAAGGCCUUCAAGUGACAAGCAUCGCAAAGUACCCUCGUUUAACACAACUCCAUUCCAGUUCGAUCAUGUCACCCUUUCGGCAGGCCGUGGGUGCAGAGGAUGCGAAUUUCUGCGCCUCCUCUUGUCGGGAAUGUUCGAAGCCUACCCGGAAAUCAGCCCGGACAAUACUCAACUUAGAUGGACUGGAGCACAAUUUACAUUAGAGGUCACUCCCCAAAAUGAGAGUUCUCGAUAUAUUCAAUUCUUUUAUCCCAGAGGGGCAAAGAUGAGAGUCUUCGGCAUGCCUCCAUCAAACCUGCUAACUGGAGACACAUCUUCUUCCACGUCUUUCGAUAGAGCAACCAAACUGAUACAACAAUGUGAAGAUGGCCACUCGAACUGCAAUUCUGGGCGAAAUGUCGCACUUCCCAAAAGACUUCUUCAUGUAACCGAAAUCAGCAACUCCGGCGCUGAUGUUGGAAUAAAACUAGUGAUAACUGAAGGCAAGACUGGAACAUAUGCCUGCCUCUCUCACUGCUGGGGUGAUCCGACACUGAUCUAUUCAAAAACAUUGUCAUCAACCAUCGACGAGUAUUACGACUUUAUUCCAUGGACAAAAUUGCCCAAGACGUUUCAAGAUGCCGUUAUUCUAUGCCGAAAGUUCCGCAUCGAAUAUCUAUGGAUCGAUUCUCUUUGCAUCAUUCAGGAUUCUCGCAGUGAUUGGGAAGUAGAAUCUACCAAGAUGGGCAACAUAUACCGGAAUAGCUACAUCACCAUAGCUGCAUCCGCAUCCCCCGGCUCCUUUGGCGGAUGUUUCUCCAAGACGAGACCGGAUCACUGCAUCGUCAUUAAAGAACUAGGGCAACCAGAUGUAUAUGUCGGCAUCAGGGAUUGUAACGGUGCCGGAAAGAGUACCAAAAAUAUGGAAGCAUCCUUCUUUAAGCACUUCCCUCUCUUCAGUCGCGCAUGGGUGUACCAAGAGCGAAUGCUCUCCCGCCGCCUUCUCUACUGCAAUAAAUCAGAGUUCCAAGUCGGGUGUCAGGAGACACUUCAAUGCGAAUGCGGCUCGGGCCAGAUAGCACCCCAUUUCUCGCCCGCCCCCAGAGGUUUGAACGUUGCGAGUCUCAAGGGGCCAGCGAGUCUGAAGCCGGACGAGCAUGGCGGCGGUCUUGUCGGUCAGGACUUUACCAGUCUUCUGUACCGCAACUGGAUGGAGGUCGUCGAGACAUAUGCAAAGCUCAAUCUGACCAAGGGAUCCGACAAGCUUCCGGCGCUCUCCGCGACGGCUAGAAUUCUUGCUGAGAACAUGGGAGAUGGGUAUUUGGCGGGCAUCUGGCGCAGUACCUUGAUGGAGGGCUUACUCUGGUAUGUAAGAGCACCACUCUCAAAGCAUCGACCAAGAGGCGAAGACUGGAGAGCGCCAUCUUGGUCAUGGGCAAGCAUCGAUUCACCAUCCGGACUGGGCUUCAUCGCUCCAGCAACAAGAUUCUCGAAAUCUUUUGAAGGCAAAAUCGAAGCUGCGGAAUGUGUCGUCGCUGGGCAAGAUGACUUUGGCCAAGUGACCUCUGGCUUCAUCCUCCUCAAAGCAUCUCUAGGACGCACAUUCUGGCGUAUUCGCUGUCGAGGGUGCACCACACCGGCCGGUAGGAAAGGCAAGGCUGGCUUCCCCCGCGCAGAUUAUACUUUUUAUACAAAUGAAACGUUUCCAUCGCCAGCAGAAGGUUGGGUGCCUUGCGAGUUCACGGAGCCCCGGCUGGACGUGAUGGGCGCAAGUCUUGGCUUCUUUGCUGAUGCACUGAUUGACGACGCGGCCCGAUAUGGCUUCUUCUCGUGCAUUGGCAAAGGAUCGUGCAAGUUGGCGCCAUGUCAUUUGCUAUAUGUCCAUCGUUUUGAAGGGCGAGGUGGUGGAGUGCGAAAGGCGAAAACUGGUGAAAGGGGAAUCGACGCAGAUGCUUUUCUGGUGUUGACAGAAAUCAAGGGUCAGCAUGAUACCUUUGAGAGGAUAGGUUUGUUGACGAUUACACACAAUGCACAGGCGAAGAGGAGGAGUGGUUCAAGAGCGUCUGGCCGGCGGUCUUGACACCAGAGAGGACAGUUACACUCAUCUAGAAGUUGAAGAUUCCCUCAAGCCUCUUCACGAGAAGUCAAAUUUCUAAAUGAGUUCAUCAAUGCCAGAAAUAAGAGAUCAUG